AUGGGCGGUUCCACUAUGAAAACGGCCAAAGUGUGGAAAUAUUUUAUCCAGCUACCGAGCGAAGAACAAGCCGCUGAGUGCAGAAUAUGUUGCAAGAGGAUUAAAGCAACAAAUAGCAGUACAACAGGUAUGAUUCGCCACUUGCGCAGCUGUCAUUCCAGUGAAUAUCAGGUGUUGCAAGCAGCACGACAAAUUAACACCAGUGCAAAGCAAGAAAAUCAAGCUUUCAACAUUAGGCAGAAUCAUCCAAUAAAAACGAAAAAUGUGACAAACCAUUCGGUCGCUAAUAUUAUCGCUACUACGUUUGAUAUAAGGCGCAAGCAUUUGGAAAACAGCAUUCGCUAUAUUUGUGCAGGUAGUGGUCCUGAACAGAAGAAAGCAAAAUUUGAUGACUGUUGCAACGCUGUUGACUUGCGAAUGGAAUCGAAAAAUAGAAUAAAUCGCAAAGGACAAACGGAAAAGGCUAGGAUAGUUAGGGGAAAUUUUUGGCCAGAUGAUCAUCCAGAUGCACAAAGAAUUUCGGACCAGAUUGGGAUAAUGCUACUUCUGGAUAACGAAUCACCAGCAAUUAUCAGUCGUACUGGCUUCCGGAAUUUACUUCGCUUUUUUCAACCUAGAUAUCAGCUUCCUUCGACGGAGCAGUUUCACAAAGUAAUCUUGCCAAGAUUAGUCAGUCAGCUGAGAUUUGAUGCUAUUGCUUUACAACAAGCUGAUUUCGUCAGCAGUCAGCAAAGCGAUUUGAACACACGGUUGAGCAGUUUAACUACAAUAUUACUGGCGAAGGAAUACGGUGCUGGAAAUUCUAUUUCCAAUGAGAAUAAUCGGGAACUUGCAGCUUUCAGUUCUCUCUGCAGCGAACAGAAAGAACUUGAACGUGUGGUAAUCAAUUCAAUUCGGUCUGCACAGAACAUAUCACAAAGUUUCUCGCAUAGUAUCCAACUCUGUGACGAAGAUACCGAUUCAAGUGGAGAUUCUGAAACAUUGUCUGCUCGCAUUGAUUCCUUCAUGAAACUUAUCGGCGAAUGUGUCUUUCCUCAAGCGGAACUGACGGAUCUUGUAACUCGGUGCUAUUAUGCGUGUCGACAUUUGGAAGAGCUUUCAGGUGAUGGACAACAUCAGUCAGGGUUGGAUACUCAAUCGCCUUUGCGAAGCUCAGAUUUAGCAGAUUGUGUGGAAUAUGUUCACAAAAAUUUAGAACGAAUUCAUGAAAAACAUAAGCGUUCUCCUAUCCCAAUGUUCAAACCUUUUACAAAGGACGAGACUCAGUUUCUCUCUGAUCUCAACAUGCACAUUCAUUCCAUAUAUUCGUGCUCGUAG